CGUAGCGCUUGUGUGGACGCUUGAAACAUACAUAUAUAAAUAUGCCGCCCAAGUUUGAUCCCACGGAAGUUAAGUUAGUUUACCUACGUUGUGUGGGUGGAGAAGUCGGUGCUACCUCAUCGUUGGCUCCAAAAAUUGGUCCUCUCGGAUUGUCUCCCAAAAAAGUAGGUGAUGAUAUUGCAAAGGCUACUUCUGACUGGAAAGGUCUUAAAAUAACGGUAUGCCUUACCAUUCAAAACAGGCAGGCUACCAUAUCUGUGGUUCCAUCGGCUGCCUCCUUAAUCAUCAAGGCGUUAAAGGAACCUCCACGUGAUAGGAAAAAGCAAAAGAACAUUAAACACAGUGGAAAUAUUUCUUUCGACGAUAUUUUGGCAAUCGCGCGUACAAUGCGACCACGGUCAAUGGCUCGUGAACUAAAAGGAACCUGCAAGGAAGUUCUGGGUACAGCCCAAAGUGUUGGAUGUACUGUUGAUGGAAAACAUCCUCAUGAUGUUAUUGACGAACUUAAUAACGGCUCCAUUGAAGUCCCUGCAGAAUAAAUUUGUAUUCCUUUGCAAAAUAGCUAAUAAAACUAACGUUUUGCAAUCAGCAGUAUAAAUUUUAAA